AAAUGCGGAUAUAUUCGGCUUAAUUGUUGAGUCAUAAUAUGCCUAUAUAAACGAUUCAUCCCAUAAAUAAUCAAUCAACUAUCCGUGUCAUCAACUUCAACAGUAAAACACAAAGAUGAAAUUCUGUAGUUCAUGCAGUAUAAUCUAUCGAAAAAUCCUAUGCCUAGGAGAGUAUUUCUACUUCUUAUCUAUUGCACUAUUCAAGAAUUCAGCCCUCUUUCUCAUCAAAUGCUUUUAUCACUGUCGGAUAAACACUCUCAUUUUAACAAUAUUAUUAAAAUUCUUCAAAAGCUUAUCUAUAAGGCUUAAUUUUAUGUCAAUUCUACUUAUACUACUGAUAACAACGUCAACGACAACCACUCAGUAUGAAUUUAAAUUUUCAAAACUUUUCAAUCCAGUCGAUGCUUCUUCCCUCCUGUCAGAAAAGUAUCUAUCAAGACUUUCAAGAAAUAAUCAACAUUUCAUGCAAUCCCUCUAUGACAAUGCAAAUAAAUGGGGGGAACAAGGUGAAGUUGGAUUGCUUAAAUCGGAUAGGAUGCCUGAUGAGAAUGCUGACGACAAUGGUGCCGCCUAUAUCCAUACGAAUGAUAAUCAUAUCAACAGUGAAGCAAGUCAAUUAAUGAUUGAAAAGUAUAAAAGAAAAUUAUUACGCUUGUUAAAUUUGAAAUCCCCACCGAAUGUGAAUGUUAACAAUGAAUCUGAAUGGAAUUCUCUGCCAAUUCUAUUACGUAAUCGUUUGAAAGCUGAAAUUGAUGCCUCCAACCAGCUGAUAAACAAGCCAAUUGAUAAUGAUGAUGAAGAAAAAGGGACGUUGAUACUAUUGAACCAAUACAAAUUACCAAUAAAAUUACCAAAUCCAAAUAUCUUCACUUUGAAGGUGGCUGAAGAAAUCGAUCCAAUGCAUAUUAGUAGAGUUACUCUACAUAUUGAGAUUAAUGGUGCAAUUCGUUCAAAUUCAAAGUUCACAUGUUGGGAAAUUUAUCCUACACCCUAUUUAUCAAGAUUUUUAUGGAUAAACAAUAAAGACGAGUCAAUCCCCUCACCAAACACCAAUAAUAAUAACGAAAAUGAAUAUGAUUAUAAUGCUGGCGAAAGCGAUCCAGAAAUGUCCUCUUCAACUGAUGAUUUCUUAUUAACACCAACAUUUAUUAAUCCUGUAACACAAUAUUAUCAUCAUUAUUAUUACUAUCUGUCAUCUAAUGAAUAUCAAAAAAUGUUUAAAUUAAUUAAACCAGAGAUAGCGCAUACACUUGUACCUGAAGGGUAUUCAACACCAGAUUUAACAUUGAAUAUUACAGAUCGUAUGAUCCAUUGGUUAAAACAGAUGACGCAUAAUCAACCGUAUAAACCGUUGACAAAAUAUUUAUUGAUUACAUGUGAUGAUUGUAAUAAUGAAGAAAAUAUUAUUGAUCCGAAAAAGGUUGUCGUUGAAAUUAGGUAUCAUCCACGUGUAUACAGACAGAAACGUUCUUCCCUAGCAGAUGGUGAUGAAACACUGUCGAAUGUUUGUCAUUCUACUGGACAUCAUUUUGGUUGUUGUACACAACCAUUGUCUGUAAAAUUUGCUGAUAUUGGCUGGGAUAAUUGGAUUAUACAACCGAAAGCUUUUCAAUUAAAUUAUUGUCUUGGAUCAUGUAAAAUCACAUCAGCAAAAAGUCUACAUUAUGACGUCAUGGAUAUCCUGUUACGUAGAAACUUAUCACAAUUCGGCAAUAUACAACCCGAUGAAAUACAAUCUUGCUGUCAUCCAACACAUUUGGCUAGCAUGCCUGUUCUCUACUUAGACACAAAUCGUGAAUUACAAAUGCAUCGACUGCAUAAUCUAAUUGUUUUAGGGUGUGGUUGCAGUUGA